AUGAAUCAGAGAGAGUGGAUACGGUUCAAGAUAUGCGUGAGGGAGUUCAUGAUUGGGGUUUCGGAAUUAACUGUGGAGUUUGGGAAAGGUUGUAGGGAUAUAGUGAAACAAAACUUGUUGAAUCAAGAUUCGUUUCUUGUUAGGAAAUUUGGAAAGAGUUGGAGUAGAGUAAGAGAACCAUGUCACGAGAUGCUCAACAAAUUGAGCUUUUUUAAUGACUAUUUGCCUGAGGAUAAAGACCCAUUUCAUGUAUGGUCUGUCAUAUUCUUGGUUUUCUUACUUGCUUUCUCAGCUUUGUAUGUAAAUUUUGAGUAUGAUCCAUCUGCCCCACUUGUGAAGCAAGUAUUUUUGCAUCCUGCUUGUGCUUCGCGUAUUGUGCUUCCCGAUGGAAGAUACAUGGCAUAUAAGGAGCGAGGUGUAUCGGCCGACAGAGCUAGAUUUUCAGUUAUUGCUCCUCAUACUUUUCUUUCAUCUCGGCUUGCAGGAAUUCCUGGAGUUAAAGACUCACUGCUGGAAGAGUUCGGCAUUCACUUGCUCACUUAUGAUCUGCCUGGUUUUGGUGAGAGUGACCCUCAUCCCAAACGAAACCUUGAAUCCUCAGCAAUAGAUAUGUCGUAUUUAGCUGAUGCUCUUGGUGUUGACAAGUUUUGGGUUAUUGGUUACUCAAGUGGAAGCAAACAUGCCUGGGCAGCACUUAGAUACAUACCUGAUAGACUUGCAGGUGCUGCCAUGUUUGCCCCCAUGGUGAACCCAUAUGAUCCUAUGAUGACAAAGGAAGAGAGACGAAGAACCUGGACCAAAUGGACGCGAAAAAGAAAAUUCAUGUACUUCUUAGCUCAAAGUUUUCCUAGACUUCUUGGUUUCUUCUAUCAGCGAAGUUUCUUGUCAGGGAAACAUGGUCAGAUCGAUAGGUGGCUGUCUUUAUCUCUGGGAAAUAGGGAUAAGGCACUACUGGAAGAUCCAAUCUAUGAGGAAUUUUGGCAAAGGGAUGUCGAAGAAUCGAUCAGGCAAGGAAAUGUGAAACCCUUUGUGGAGGAAGCUGCUUUGCAGGUCUCAAAUUGGGGUUUCAGCCUUUUAGACCUCAAGUUGCAGAAACGAAAAUACAAUCGGAAGAAUGUUCUUAAUUGGCUCAAAGCAUUUUUCACAGAAACUCAGGAGUAUACAGGCUUUCUCGGUCCAAUACAUAUAUGGCAAGGAAUGGAUGAUAAAGUGGUUCCACCGUCUGUGACUGAUUUUGUGCAUCGCGUGCUACCUGGAGCUGCAGUACAUAAACUCCCAUACGAAGGCCAUUUCACCUAUAUCUACUUUUGUGAUGAAUGCCACAGACAGAUAUUUACUACACUUUUCGGAACUCCGCAAGGCCCUCUCAAUUAG